AUGGUUAAGGAAUUAUUAAAUUCUUCUUAUGAUAAAUUAGAAAAAGUGAAUCCUUUUAUGGUGCUGCCACAACAAUUACCUAUUAAAUUACUGCUUCUGCAUGGUCUCGAAGAUAGUAUGCUGGAUUGGCGAGCAUCUUCUAGUGUUUAUUACCAAUUAAUUAAAGAUAAAGCAAAUAGAGGAAAAAUUAACCUUUACUUUUGUCGUGAUGCUGAUCAUGGUGAUUUGCCCUUUAUCGCUGAUUUUGUUCCAAAUAUGGUAGAGUAUUUCCCUUUUAAGGAAAGAGCCGGGGGUUCGAGUCCCUCGCAGGACACCAUUAAAAAUUCAAAAAUUAAUAAGCAAUUAGCGGGAUUGGCGGAACUGGUAGACGCGCUAGGCUUAGGACCUAAACAAGAACUCAAAAGAGUAUUUAGAGAGGUAGAAGCAACUGAUUUUGAUAAAAAUAAGUUAGAAAAGUUUAAGGAAUUACCGAGAGUUUUGCAAAAAUUAGGUUCUUUUGGUAAGGAUAUUAGAGACAAAAGAAUAACGCCUAAUGAUGAGGAGUUAAAAACAAUUGAAGAAGUUAUUGAUGCUAUUUAUGAAAAUAAUAAGUAUUUGCUAAAUUCCGCUCCCGAAAUUGCUACUGCAGCAAAAAUACGUGAUGUUCAACCAAUACUUUCUGAUUCAAAAACGUUAAUCCAACAAAUGAGAGAGAAAAAUCCUGACCCUGACCCUUCUUAUAAACCUAAACGCCUCUUUUUACCGGAAAUUUCCCCGAUAGAGAUAGUUGAAAAAUUGACUUAUUAUGGUUUAGAAACUAAAUUGAUUGAAAAAGAAAGAAAUAAAUAUUUUGAAUUUGAUCCGCUUCCUAAUCGUCCUGAUCUGUUAUCGUGCGAACAAAAAAAAGUUAAAGUAAAAAUUGAGAGUCGAAAUUGUCACGCUUUUUACUUAGGAUUACCAGUUAAUAAUGUAGUAGAUGCUGCUAAUUUAGUGAUGUUAGAAAGCGGCCAACCUUUACAUGUUUUUGAUUAUGAGAGUUUGUCAGAAAAAAAAGAACUGGUUAUUCGACAAGUACGAGAGGGAGAAGUUAUGGUUUCUCUCCAAAAUGAUAAUUUAAUACUUAAUUCUAAGGACAUGAUUAUCAGUUCUGGAGAAAAGAUUAUUGAUUUAGCAGGAAUUAUUGGCACUCGAGAAACAGCAGUAAAUUUACAAACUAGAAAUAUCCUUGUUGAAUGUGCUUUUUUUUGUUCCGAAGCAAUCAAGUUAACUACUAAUCGCUUAAAUUUUGCUACUUCUGCUAGAAAUUUGAAUUCUGGAGAAAUUUUUAUUUAUCAAGCGGCAAAAGAGGAGAAGGAAAAGAUAAUUGCUAUUACUCAAAAUUUUAUUGAAAAAAAAACAGGACAAAAGUUUACCGAAUUGGCUGUUUCUAAUUUUCCAGUUAUUGAAAGGGAUUUAUCUUUCCUUUUUCCAGAAGAACUUGAUUAUAAUAAAGUGAUAGAAACUUUAAGGAAAGUAGGGGGAGAUAAGUUGGUAGAAGUAAAUAUUUUUGAUGUCUAUCAAAAUGCUGAAAUGAGUAGAAAAAAACAAAAAUCAGUGUCUUAUCAUUUAGUUUUUCAGAGUUCUACUGAAACCUUGGAAAAUAAAGAAAUAGAAAAAAUUAUGAUCGAAAUUAUUAUUGUUUCAACAAUUCUCUUUAAAGCAAAAGAAAAUUUAUUUUUAAGCGCUAUUAUUGAUAAGUAUGGCAAUGGUUAUACAGAAUUCCCUAUAGAAGAAGUCAAAUCAAAAAUUGAAUCAAGGUUAAAAUUAGCACCUGCUACUGGCGGAGCAUCUUUAUUAUUAGGAGCUGCUUCAACUGGCUUAGUAGGAGUAGGAGUUGCUGCUACUGUGGAGGCAGUGGGUGAAUAUGUUGAAAUCAAUAACAAUAAAGGUUCAACCAUUAAACUAUCUAGUGAAAUGAAUAAGGGCAAUAAUAAGUUAGACGAAGGCUGCGGCGAUGUUCUUCAUUUAUUGAUAGUUAAACGAGACAAUUAUCUAAAAAAAUGCUUAUUUGCUGGUCAGCAAUCAUGUUUAAUUACUGUCGCAGCAGCUAAUAUUCUUUGUUCGUGUUUGGAGGAAAAAGAUUUAGAAUUUGCUCAAGUGCUAAUAAGCAAUUGUCAAAAAAUGAUAGAUAAAAAGGAAUAUAAUUUAGAUAGUUGCCCUGAUUUUCAAGUAUUUAAUGAUAUACCUCAGUUUCCAAAUCGAUUAGAGUGCGUGAGUCAGGAAUUUAAAACUUUUUCUACUGCUUUGGAAAAGGUUAGGGUUGGAAAUUGUAGUAAUUGUAGCCCUUUUUAUGCUGGAACAGCCGCUAGUGAAGUCAAAGUAGGAGAAGUUGAGAAAUUUCGUCAACGUGCUCAAAAGUUUAAAGAAAGAAAUAAUGAACGCUAA